AUGGUUGUUCAUAUUAUGACAGGUGCAAUACCAAGUGAAAUUGGUAAUCUACAAAACCUUGAGAUAUUUGCUAUUGAUGGCAACAAGUUUACUGGUCCAAUUCCAUUUGAGAUCUUUAAUAGCUCAACACUUCAAAAAGCUUAUAUGUAUUACAAUAACCUCUUAGGCCAUCUUCCAUCAAAUCUAGGCCUAUUUCUACCAAAUCUUCAGCAUCUUGUUCUUGAAGAAAACAAUCUGAGUGGAACAAUACCCAAUUCCAUCUCCAAUGCUUCACAACUCACUAAACUAGAUAUUGACGACAAUUCAUUCUCGGGCAUAAUUCCUAAAUCACUUGGUAAUUUAAGGCUCCUCCAGGUGCUCAACCUAGCAGGAAAUAAUUUGACCAUUGAAUCUUCUACUCCAGAAUUCAGCUUUUUCUCUUCCUUGUUAAAUUUGGCAUAUCUAAGACUUUUAGUUUUGUCAGAUAAUCCUCUGAAUGACAUCCUUCCUAGUUCCAUUGGAAAUCUCUCCACUUCUCUUGAAACACUUUACAUUGAUAAUUGCAAUAUCAAGGGAAGCAUUCCUAGAGAUAUAGGCAAUUUAAGCAAAUUGAUGGCUUUGUCCCUAAUUGUAAAUGAAUUAGCUGGACCUAUUCCAACUACAGUGAGAAGAUUGUACAAGCUUCAAAUUUUAUAA